AUGAAUAUUAAUGAUAUUAUUAAUCACCAAAUAAAUAAUAACAAUAAUAAUAAUAAUAAUGAAAAUUUUGAAGAGAAUGAACAAAUAUAUGAAGGAUUGCAAGACCCAAAAAAUUUAAAGUACUAUGCGAAACAAAAUCAAUACUAUGUAAAUAAUCAAAAUAAUAAAGUUUCACCAUCGAUUAUACCUUUAAAAUUUCAAGAUAUUCAAAGUAUUAGAAUUAAUACAUUUCAUGCUAUUCCUUGGAAAUUAAAUUUAAUGGCGGUAAGCCACAAUUCAAAAUAUUUAUUUACAGCAGAAGCGGAUCAAAUUUGGGUUAGGGAUACCUUUAAUCCAAGUAUUGUAAUUAGAAUUAUAACAUUAGAUACACAAGAAAUGACAAUUAAUCAAAUUAGACUUGGUAUUUUAGAUGGGGAAGAAGUAUUGGUAUCUGUAGAUGAAGGUGGCUUUAUAAGAUUAUUGUUUGUAAAUGAUUUGGAUAGAGAGCCAAUUAGACUUUAUAAUAAUGGAAUAUCAACAUGGGGCAUCGCAAUCUGUCCCAGCAGGCCAUUAUUGGCAGUAAGUGCAAAUAAUUUUCGUAUUACCAUAUGGAAUUUAAAUGAUGAUGAUCCCCAAGCCUCCAAAGUAAUUUUAUCAAAGCAUAAACAUAACGUACCAGCCGUCGACUUUUCGCCAUGUGGGAACUACUUAUUAUCAGUUAGUAUCGAUAAAAAUAUUAGGGUUUGGGAUGUAAAUACUGGAAAAAUUAUUAGAAUUCAAAGUGUAGCUCAAUGGUGUUGGUGUUGCAGAUGGCUAGAUUUAACCGAUAGAGAGGAGUUUUUACCACAUUACUAUGAAAAAAGAGAAAAACAUUUAAUUGAAAAGUCUUGGAGGGGUUUAACACAACAAGAAGAGCAGCAACUAGCACAACAAACCCAACUCAUACCACAAGCCAAUAAUGAAACUGAUGAUGAAAUAGAAGUAGAUGAUGACGAUGACUUUGAAUAUCAACCAGAUGAAGAAAUUAACGAAAGCGAUGAAGAAGCUAAUGGAAAUAAUGUCGAAUUUCAAACAAUUGAUUUAGAUUUUUAUAAUGAAGAUGAGAAUGAAGUACUUUUAGGUGAACCUAUUCAAGGAACAAUAAAUAAUAAUAAUAAUAAUAAUAAUAAUAAUAAUAAUAAUAAUAAUAAUAAUAAUAAUGACGAUGAUAUUAUAGAAAUUGAAGAAAGCGACAAUGAUAGCAUAAUAGAGGGAGAGGAUGAAGAUGAAGAAUAUGACGUAGAUAUAGACUAUCAUGAAAGACCCAUUGCUACCACCACCGCAAACACCAGAACAUCAACUAAUUAUAGUAAUAACGAUGGUGAAAUAGAUAAUAGUAUGGUUAAUAUUGAUAAGAAAAAAUUCACAAGCAAUAUUAUAUUUUCAACAUAUCAAAAUUUAUAUUUAUCAGAUAUAGUUUUAGAUAGAUUAAUGGUAUUAUCAAAUGCUAUACCGACAUCAUUCCCAAUUAUGCAAACUCAAAUCGAUAGAAUAGCAUUUUUAGAAGUUGUACCCGAGUUAUCAUUAGUAAUAGCAGCAUCACAAGGUCCAGCACGUUUAGUUUCAUUGUAUAGAAUUUAUAAAGAAAAACCAGAAAAAGCAAAUGAAAAUGAAAACGAAAAUAAUGGUGAAGGAAAAGAAAAUGAUGAAUCAUCAGGUGUAAAUAUGUUUUUAGAGAAUGUCUUAUCGCCACCAGUGGGAGGACCAUCAUUAAUUAUUGGUAUAUCUGUAGUUAGAAACUAUGUAAAGAACAAUCCAUUAAUGUUUAGUAUUAAUCUAUAUAUACUUUAUAUAAAUGGUAUAUUGGUCAAUUUCCAAAUUAAAAGAUCAAAUGUUACCGAUAAACCAACCCAUAGAAAUAGUGUUUUUUUUAAUGAAUCAAAUAAUAAUAAUAUUUUUGGUUUAGAUAUAUCUUCGUUUGGGGUUUAA